AUGCAACAACCCCAACGUUAUAUACCGUCUGUAUCUGAUCUAUAUGGCACGGACGAGAUAGAACUGCUGCUGGACGAGAUUCGGGAGCUGGAGAUCGAGCCGACCUGCUGUCAACUGGACGAUGAGCAGGACUUUGAGAUAGCUGGCAGCAGGGCCGGCGAGCUCUCCCACUCGCACUCGCACUCGCUGUCCUUGGAAUCCCCCCUCGGAACCUGCACCUCCUGGGACUCCCAUGCCAACUACAAGCAGAGGGGUGGCCACACCCCCUUGCCAUGGGGCGUCGCCCUCCACUGUGAUCCGCAACACUUGAAAUCGCCUACAGGGAUUGUGCGCAUACUAUUGGUGUUAUCCUCGGCCGCCUGUCUAGCCUGCGAAUGUUCCGCGGGCACUGUACAGGUGGGCCUCUUUCUACUGCCACUCAUCGGGCGCCUGAGGCUGAUGGUCUUCUGUGCGCUGUUUUCGCUACUCAUCACAUGUCUCAUGCUCUUUCUGGAUAUAUCGCAUAUAGCUCUCAUGUUUCCAUUUAACUGGACUAAAGUGAAUACGUGGAUGUACCUGAGUAUUGGUUUGAUAUUUAUUUUGAGCUCCACGCUACUUGUUCACAUGGUGCUCUGUGCCACUGAAUACACAUGGGUAUCCAAGCAUUCCAAGGACACGCUGCUGGCCACUGGCAUAAUUGGCUAUUUUUGCGGCCUGGAGGCAUUUCUUCUUUCGGGCAUCGCAUCCUGGCCAUGGACUCAGUACCGUCAGGUGCCCGACGAUGCCAGCGAAUUGUUUAUCGAGGAUCGCGAGAUGACGCCGAUGAGUCCCAUUAAUUGUAGCACCGAUCUGCAGGCGACGCCAUAUCAUCACAAUGGCAAUGCCACCUCAUCGGAUCUAUAUAACCAACAACAACAAUCGUCCUAUAAUCAAAAGCCUUAUAUACCUGCCAAACGACCCAAUGAGCUCAACAAUCAGCGUCCAGCAUUGGGUCACACUCAAACCGCACGGUCGAAACCCAAUCAGCGCUACAGAGAGGGCUACCACUAUCACACAUCCCGCCAGAGUCCCACUUUCGUGCUGGGCGAUGAUCAGGGUGCCGGUCCAUCCACGUCCCGUUCCAAUGAUAAUUCUAGUGCGUGAUAGUUUUUAAUUCCUCUGCCAGAAGAACCGCGAAGAGUGAUCCAGCAGACCGGGGAAAAGGAAUAAUUACAGAGAUCUCUCAGCUAUUAAAUUGGAGAAUUGGAUUAAUUGAAGCAUUUUGGUCAAGAUGUAAGAUGUGAACAAAGACAAAAAACCAAAAAAAACAAAAUUGUUAAUUAGUUUAAAAACCACAAGCAAAACUCGUCGGGAUUAGAAGUUGAUACACCAACAGAGAAAAUAUUUAAGCAGCCGAGCAAAGCAAACAAUAAUAAAUUUAAUAUAUUGUGUGUGUAUGUGUACUACAAGUCGAGAGAGAAAUUUAAAGAAUUUAAACGACAAGAAAUUUGAAACGAAGAUCAACCAGAUCAACGCCCAUUUGAUUAGUUAUACGAGAACACCAAACAUUUGAAAUUGGUCAAUGUUGAGCUAUAACUAUAAAAAAAAGGAACAUUUAAUUGGUAAUAAUAUGGUAUCAAGGUAACGCGAAAAUUGCAAGCAAAAUUGAUGAUUAGAAAUGAGCAUGGAAAUGGAAAUCAACUUGUUAUAAACGUAGUUUUGCUUAUUUUUUAAUAAAAACAAAUAAUUCAAGAAAAACCAAACAAAAUG